GGUUCCAUUUACGGUCUGUGAAGUGUUAAAGGGAGCUGCUUUGGCCACUUGUGCUCUUUCUUUUUCUCCGUCUCUGGUCCAAAGUAAUCGAGUAAAAAGGAAAAGGGGAAGGAAAGAAAAAAUUAAAGCCUUUCUUGCUCUGCUUCUCUUUCAAAUCUCUUAUCCUAUCCCUGUCUGAUUCAGCUGUGUUGGCUGCUGUUUUUGGUAUACAGAACAACGAAGAAGCUUUAUUCUCUGUGUGAUUUAUAUGGGAAGUUGUUGACUGUUAUUUUUUCAGUUUUUGCAUCUGGGUUCCUGAGUUUGACGACAAAAGGGUCUCGAUUCCUGUUCUUGGAUUAUGCACUGGUAAAAGAGCUUCUCCCCGAUUCUCCAGAUGAUGAUAUGUCGAAAUAAGCAGCUUUCUUACGAUGCUUUAGCUUAUGUUUCUGGGUUUUGCUUAGUUUGUGUUUGGAAGUGGUCUCUGUAUGGUUGGAAUUUUGUUUCCGUUGUUUGAUAUGGAUUUUUGCACUUUUGUGCUGUUCUCUGAUCGUGAAUUUGAGCUUCUGUCCUUUUAAUGGACUGAAAUCCGCUCGAGAGGAGUCUCUAAACAAGCCGGGUUUUGUUGGAAUUUGUGAACUUGUAUAUAGAUUUUGAGUUAUGAUUAAGCAAAUACUUGGUAGGCUUCCACGGAAGCCAUCUAAAUCAUCUGAGAAUCGUGAAUUUGGUGGUUCAUCUGUACCUUCUUCAAAUACUUCCACUAGUUCUAGAAGCAGUAAUCUUGCGAGUAAUAGGCCUGUCACUUCAGAUAAUACAUCUCCUCCUCCCUCUGACUCUGCUUCAUAUUUAGGUUACGGUCAUGGAAGUAAACCUACCCAGGCUGUGAAUUCAAAACUGAAUGGAAAUUCAGUAAUUGCUACCUAUGAGGCAUUGCCAGGAUUCAAGGAUGUUCCCAAUUCUGAGAAGCAAAAUUUGUUUAUUAGAAAGCUGAAGUUAUGUUGCGUGGUAUUUGACUUCACGGAUCCAAGUAAGAAUUUGAAAGAGAAGGACAUCAAGCGCCAGACGUUGGUGGAACUUGUGGAUUAUGCAAGUUCUGCAAACGGGAAGUUCACAGAAACUGUCAUGGAGGAAGGUAUAAAGAUGGUAUCUGUGAAUUUAUUUAGGUCGCUUACGCCACAACCCCGUGAGAAUAAGGCUUUAGAAGCCUUUGAUUUGGAAGAGGAGGAACCCUUGAUGGAUCCUGCAUGGCCUCACUUGCAAAUUGUUUAUGAAUUCUUUCUGAGAUUUGUUGCAUCUCCUGAGACAGAUGCGAAGUUGGCUAAAAGGUAUAUUGAUCACUCUUUUAUUCUCAAGUUGUUAGAUCUGUUUGAUUCCGAGGAUCCAAGGGAGAGGGAGUACCUGAAAACAAUUCUCCAUCGCAUCUAUGGGAAGUUUAUGGUUCAUCGCCCGUUUAUCAGGAAGGCUAUUAAUAACAUAUUCUUCCGUUUUAUUUUUGAAACAGAGAAGCAUAAUGGCAUUGCAGAACUUUUAGAGGUUUUAGGGAGUAUAAUCAAUGGGUUUGCUCUGCCUCUAAAAGAAGAACAUAAAUUGUUCCUUGUUCGGUCUUUAAUCCCCCUUCAUAAACCAAAGAGCUUACCCAUGUACCAUCAGCAGUUAUCGUACUGCAUUUCGCAGUUUGUGGAAAAAGACUGCAAGCUUGCAGACACUGUUAUAAGGGGUUUAUUGAAGUACUGGCCUAUCACUAAUAGUUCCAAGGAGGUAAUGUUCCUAGGUGAGCUGGAGGAAAUCUUAGAAGCAACUCAGCCAGCAGAAUUUCAAAGAUGUAUGGUACCCCUGUUCCGUCAGAUAGCUCGUUGCUUAAGCAGUUUACACUUCCAGGUGGCAGAAAGGGCUUUGUACUUAUGGAACAAUGAUCAUAUUGAGAAUUUAAUCAGACAGAACCGAAAAGUUAUACUGCCCAUUAUCUUCCCUGCCUUGGAAAAGAAUGGACGUAAACAUUGGAAUCAGGUGGUCCAGAGCUUAACUGUUAAUGUUCGGAAGAUCUUUGCUGAUAUUGAUCCUGAGCUGUUUGAAGAGUGCUUAAAGCAGUUUGAAGAAGAUGAAGCAAAGGCAGAGGACAUGAAAAUGAAACAAGAAGCCACAUGGAAGCGCUUAGAAGAGAUUGCCGCAAGCAAAACUACAAAUAGUGAAGCAGUGCAUGUUCCACACACCGCACCCACCCUAACAACUUCAGGCUAGAGCCAUAGUGAUAUCCAUGUUUUGUAUAAAGUAUUCAAUUUUAUUGAUUGGUCUAGGAGCCAAAAGAUGGUUACUAAGAUAGAAAAAGUGCCCAAUUACUCUGUUGCUGCACUCCAAUUUUUUCUGGUUGUCAAAGUCCCGACACUCAGGAAAACCUUUGUUAAACAAUGGAGUUGAGAUGCCAUUUGCUCAUGGGGAUAUUAUACAUUCGGAGCAGGUAUCGGUAAGCUGUGCUCCAUAUUUAUGAUGAGGGAGGGGAUAUGGCUAGUCAGUUUGGCCGCCUUGUAGUCGAUACUCGAGCUGUCUCAAGGAGCUACAAAAUUACAGGUACUCAAGUACACAGUCUUGAGUUUAAUUGUUUUUGAUGUAAUCUUGGCCUAAUUUCAUAUGGGUAUGUAUAAUAUAUAUUUAUUUUGUAAUAUUCAACUUUGCUGGUGUGAAUUCAUACUUUCACAACUAUGUUAAUCUGAAAGAGUGUGAUUCUUUUUUC